AUGACUGGCCACCACAGUUGGGGAUAUGGGCAGGCUGACGGCCCUUCCGAGUGGCACAAGGCUUACCCCAUUGCCCAGGGGAACCGCCAGUCCCCCAUCGACAUCGACUCUGCACGGGCCGUGUACGACCCCAGCCUGCAGCCCCUCGUCAUCUCCUACGAGUCCUGCACCUCGCUCAGCAUCUCCAACACCGGCCACUCCGUCAUGGUGGAGUUUGAGGACGCUGAUGACAGGACAGCAAUCAGUGGAGGGCCCUUUCAGAAUCCCUUCCGGCUAAAGCAGUUCCACUUCCACUGGGGCACCACUCACAGCCAGGGAUCAGAGCACACCAUUGAUGGAAAACCUUUUCCCUCUGAGCUCCACUUAGUACAUUGGAAUGCCAGAAAAUAUGCAACAUUUGGAGAGGCAGCAGCAGCUCCAGAUGGCUUGGCAGUAGUUGGUGUUUUCUUGGAGAUUGGAAAAGAACAUGCCAGUAUGAACAGACUCACUGAUGCUUUGUACAUGGUAAAAUUUAAAGGAACAAAAGCUCAAUUUAGAGGCUUCAACCCUAAAUGCCUCCUGCCCAUGAGCCUAGAUUAUUGGACAUACCUGGGUUCUCUGACAACACCACCCCUUAAUGAGAGUGUGACAUGGAUAGUGCUGAAAGAACCCAUAAGAAUAUCUGUCAAACAGCUGGAGAAAUUCCGCAUGCUGCUCUUCACUGGUGAGGAAGACCAGAGGAUCCAAAUGGCCAAUAACUUUCGCCCCCCUCAGCCUCUGAAGGGGAGAAUUGUCCGAGCUUCCUUCAAGGCCUGA